GAGGCUGCGCUGAGGACGCCCGGGCUCGGGAGCAGGUAGUCCGGUAAAAUCGGGUAGUCGCGCUGGGGAAUCGUCCCCGCCCGGCCCCGGCAAAUGGUGAGCGCGGCGCUGGCAGAAGGGCCGCGGGUUGAAGGCUCUGAUGGACAGGAGACCUUGAGCUCUAUAAACUGAAUUAUGGCAGCCCAGUCAAGCUUGUACAAUGAAGACAGAAACCUGCUUCGAAUUAGAGAGAAGGAAAGACGCAACCAGGAAGCUCACCAAGAGAAAGAGGCAUUUUCUGAAAAGAUUCCCCUUUUUGGAGAGCCCUACAAGACAGAAAAAGGUGAUGAGCUAUCCAGUCGAAUACAGAACAUGCUGGGAAACUAUGAAGAGGUGAAGGAGUUCCUUAGUACCAAGUCCCACCCUCAACGCUUGGAUGCUUCUGAAAAUAGGUUGGGAAAGCCAAGAUACCCAUCAUUUCCUGAGAAGGGGAGCAGCAUUCCAUCCCACUCCUUCCACACUAGUGUCCACCACCAGCCUAUUAAUACUCCUGCCUCUGGACCACUUCCUAUUGGUACCAUUAGCCACAACCCAAAGAUGGCACAGCCAAGAAUGGAACCAAUGCCAAGUCUCCAUGUCAAAAGCUAUGGCCCACCGGACACCCAGCACAUGACCCAAGAUCGCCUUGGUCAGGAGGGGUACAGCUCUAGUCAUCACAAAAAGGGUGAUCGCAGGGGUGAUGGAGACCACUGUGCUGCAAUGACAGACUCAGCUCCAGAGAGGGAGCUUUCUCCUUUGUUCUCUUUGCCUUCCCCAGUCCCCCCUUUGUCACCUGUACAUUCCAACCAGCAGACUCUUCCCAGGAUGCAAGGAAGCAACAAGGUUCACAGCAGUAACAGUAACAAUAAAGGCUACUGUCCGGCCAAGUCUCCCAAGGACCUACUGGUAAAGGUCCAUGAUAAAGAGACCCUUCAAGACAGUUCAGUUGCCAGCCUUGGGGUAGCCCCUCCCCAGCCACCUUCUCAGACUUUCCCCCCACCCCCUCUCCCCUCAAAAAGCCUUGCAAUGCAGCAGAAGCCCACAGCUUAUGUCCGGCCCAUGGAUGGUCAAGAUCAGGCUCCUAGUGAGUCUCCUGAACUGAAACCACUGCCGGAGGACUACCGACAACAGAGUUUUGAAAAAACAGACUUAAAAGUGCCUGCCAAAGCCAAGCUCACUAAGCUGAAAAUGCCUUCUCAGUCAGUCGAGCAGACCUACUCCAGUGAAGUCCAUUGUGUUGAAGAGAUUCUGAAGGAAAUGACCCAUUCAUGGCCUCCUCCUUUGACAGCAAUACACACGCCUAGUACAGCUGAGCCCUCCAAAUUUCCUUUUCCUGCAAAGGAUUCUCAGCAUAUCAGUUCUGCAACCCUAAACCAAAAACAAUAUGAUACAUCUUCAAAAACCCACAGUAAUUCUCAGCAGGGAACAUCAAGCAUGCUGAAAGAUGACCUUCAGCUCAGUGACAGUGAGGACAGUGACAGCGAUCAAACCCCAGAGAAGCCUCCGUCCACAUCUGCACCUCCAAGCGCUCCGCAGGCGCUGCCGGCAGCCGCGGCCUCAGCACAUUCCAGCAGCGCUGAGUCGGAGAGCACCAGCGACUCUGACAGCUCCUCGGACUCGGAGAGCGAGAGCAGCUCCAGUGACAGCGAGGAGAACGAGCCUCGAGAAGCCCCGGCUCCCGAGCCUGAACCUCCGACAACAAACAAAUGGCAGCUGGACAACUGGCUGACCAAAGUCAGCCAGCCCGCGCCGCCCGCCGAGGCCCCGGGCAGCACCGAGCCCCUGGCCCGGCAUCCGGACAGUAAAGGCAGGGGUGGCGACGGCGCCACCGGAGGUCACGAGCGCUCGGAGUCCAAAGAGCCUCCCCCCAAAAGCUCCAGCAAAGCUCCCCGGGUGCCUUCCGAAGGCCCCCAUGCGGGCAAGAGGAGCUGUCAGAAGUCUCCUGCCCAACAGGAGCCCCCACAGAGGCAAACCGUGGGAUCCAAACAACCCAAGAAGCCCGUCAAGGCCUCCGCCCCUGGGCAUGCGGAUGCGCAUGCAGAUGCGCGCGCCAGUCUGCUGGUGGAGAGCGAGCCCGGACUUCCUCCCCAAAUCUCCAAAGACCAGCCUUCCAAAGACAAGCCCAAGGUGAAGACGAAAGGGCGGCCCCGUGCCGCAGAGAGCCGUGAGCCCAAACCAGUGGCGCCCAACCCCAGCGAACGAAAGAAGCACAGGAGCGGCCCCCCAGCGGCCCCGAAGGCACCGCCGAAGGACGCGGCGGAGGACAGGAGCCCCGAGCACUUUGCCCUCGUCCCCCUGACCCAGAGCCAGGGCUCUGCCCGCAGCGGCGGCGCCAGGACUAGUGGCUGCCGACUGGCAGUGGUCGUCCAGGAGGACCGCCGCAAGGACAAACCCCUGGUGCCUUUGAGAGACACCAAGCUGCUCUCCCCGCUCAGGGACACUCCGCUCCCGCAGAGCUUGAUGGUGAAGAUUACCCUGGACCUCCUCUCUCGGAUACCCCAGCCUCCUGGGAAGGGCAGCCGCCCCAAGAAACCGGAAGACAAACAGCCCUCAGCAGCGAAGAAGGCAGAUUCUGAGAAGAGAAGCUCAGAAAACUCAAGCAAGUUGGCCAAAAAGAGAAAGGGUGAAGCAGAAAGAGACCACGAUAGCAAGAAAAUCAGGCUGGAGAAAGAAGUCAAAUCGCAGUCAUCACCCUCAUCCUCCCACAAAGAAUCUUCUAAAUCAAAAACGCCCAGGCCGUUCUCUGAGCCCUCAAAGAGGGAAAUGCUUCCCCCUUCACUUGUGUCAUCCUCGUCCUCCCAGAAGCCAGCCAAGCCUGCACAAAAGAGGUCAAGACAGGAAGCAGACCCCAGUGGCCAGGACCCUCCCAAAAGUGCCAGUAGUACCAAGAGCAACCACAGAGACUCUUCUGUUUCCAAGCACAGAAAAGUAGAGGGGAAGGGCUCUGGAAGCUCUACAGAACACAAAGGAUCUUCUGGAGAUACUGCAAAUCGUUUUCCAGUGCCUUCUUUGCCAAAUGGUAACUCCAAGCCAGGGAAGCCUCACAUGAAGUUGGACAAACAACAAGCAGAUUUUCACAUGAAGGAGGCCAGAAGGUUGAAGGACAAAGCAGAAUUAGUGACGGACAAGGUUGGGAAGGCUUUUAAGUACCUGGAAGCUGCCUUGUCCUUUAUUGAGUGUGGCAUUGCCAUGGAAUUGGAAAGCCCAGCGUCCAAGUCUGCUUGCUCCAUCUAUGCAGAAACCCUAGACCUCAUCAAAUUCAUAAUGUCAUUAAAAUCCUUCUCGGAUGCCACAACACCAACACAGGAGAAAAUAUUUGCUGUUUUAUGCAUGCGUUGCCAGUCCAUUUUGAACAUGGCUAUGUUUCGUUGUAAAAAAGAUAUAGCAAUAAAGUAUUCCCGUACUCUUAACGAACACUUCUUCAAGACUUCUUCCAAAGUUGCCCAGGCACCUUCUCCAUGCAUUGCAAGCACAGGCACACCAUCCCCCCUCUCUCCAAUGCCUUCUCCAGCCAGCUCCAUAGGAUCCCAGUCAAGUGCUGGCAGUGUGGGGAGCGGGGGGAUGCCCGCCACCAUCAGCACCCCAGUCACCAUCCAAAACAUGACAUCUUCCUAUGUCACCAUUACUUCCCAUGUCCUUACCGCCUUUGAUCUUUGGGAACAGGCUGAGGUCCUUACCAGGAAGAACAAAGAAUUCUUUGCUCAGCUCGGCACAGGUGUGUGCACCCUGGCCCUUGACAGCAGUCUGAUGGACCUGGUGCGCUAUACAAGACAGGGCUUUCAGCGGCUGAAACAAGUAACCAAAACACCUUAAUGGAGGCCCAGGUUGAUCUGAUGCCUUGGGAACUUUUUUGCACAUUGGAAGCCUCAAAACAGUCCAGACGUUUGUCUCAUCAGGAUACCAAACUCGAGAAGAGAAGCACCAUGAGAUGGCCAGGACAUUUGUUCACUGAAACUCAAGAACUAUGGAAUCAUUGGUUGGACAGCAUGGUUUUGUAGAAGCAGAAAUGAGGAGGCUGGCCUCAGAGAUGAUCUUGCCUUUCCUUCCUAAAGGACAGAAGUGCAAUGUAGCCUGAGUGGGUGUAUGAAUGGUCUAGAAACAUUUCCGUCUUUUUUUAACCAGCAGGAUGCAAAUGAAAUGAGGGGGAGCAAUUUCAACUCUGGAAGCAAAUUCACAUCAUCUCAGUAGCCACAUUAGUUCAUUCCUGGAAGGAAUUUUUUUUUUUUAAACAGUGAAUUGUGGUGUAGGGUUUUGUGGGUGAUUUUUUUUUUCUUUUAAGUUUUGGGGGAAAUAUUUGUUUAAUAAAUUCUAAUGGUCAUCUAUAAAACAUAAGUUGUGAAGGACUCCGCUGUACCCCACUUUCUGCCAUUGAACAGUGGCUUUGAUAAUACCAGGUAUUGUCCUAAUUUAUAAAAUUGAAGGCAACCCACCCCCCGACCCCCCAUUGCCUGGAUACUGCACGUUCAACCCAGCUCUGAUUUCUCCGUUACUGUGCUGGAAGGCGGCCCCGUCGGGCUGGGGGAGAGAGGAGCUAUAGCACACAGGGAAGCCGUCUCCACCCCCAUCUGCAUCCCCAUCUCCAUGUACCACGGAGGACCAGGCGCUGCCGUUCCCACCCCCUGCUCCAGAGAAAGGCAGUCACAUUGACUGUACUCUGCAUUUUCUACUUUGGGGAAGAAGGAAACCAACAUUUAUCCGUGACCAGAUGGUUGAAGUGCUUUUUAAUUUUUGUUUAAGUAGAGCUGGAAUUUGAGGUGCUGAUCUGUGGUCUCCAGUUAUGUGGUAACUCACGUUGUCUACCAACUCAGAGUUUUGUCAGCGAACAAUGAAAAAUGAAAUCUACUUCUUAGAGAGGCUAUAUUUUUCUGCUACGAAUUACUUUAUAUUUAUAGCGAAACUAGACUUGGAGAGCCCUUGAUUGUCUAGGGUAAAUUAACUCCCUGAGAGGCUGUG